AUGGCUCUAAUUUUACUUAAUUUUAGAAAAUUCUCCUAAGUAUCAAGAAUCGUCAAGUACGCUUCUAAGAAAUAGAAAGAUACAUUGUAUAAGCGUGAGAAAAAUGAGAAUGAAAACAAACUCUAUGAUGGAUAUAACUCUCAGAAUACUGACUUCCUUGAAAUCAGAAGGCCUAAACCAGAGACAUUGGAACUCAAACCAGUUUAGCAUCCUAUUAAUCUGUAUGAGAAAGAUGCCAACAUAGUUUCAUAUAAAGUCCCACCAAAGAACCUGACUCCUUAUUACUAGGUUCCAAUGGAGGCCCUGGCUAUGUUAAAUAUGGGCAAAUUUGAAAGUCCUCUAGGUGCUAAAACAAAUGAAAUUUGUAUAAUUGGAGCCCCUAAUGCUGGAAAGUCUAGUAUACUAAACUACAUUACUGAGAGAGAUAUAUCUGCAGUAAGUAAUAAAUACAACACUACUGAUGAAGCUAUUAUUGGAGUCUAUACAGAUAUCGAAAGCAAAGUUUAGUUAGCAAUGACUGACACUCCAGGUAUUACAAAAGCUAGUGAUUCGAUGAGGUCAAAAUUAUUAGUCACCAAAGCUUGGGAUAAAUUAGAGGAAAAUGAUAUGGUUAUGUUUGUAGUAGAUUCUGCUAAGAAGCUAGACUUUGAGGUCAAGCAAUCUAUAUAAAGAUUGAAGGAAAUUUAAAUUGAUCCGCAACAUCAAAAGAUAUUAGAUGCUUUGCUUGACGAUUCAUUUACUGAAUAAAAGUAUAAAGAAGGAUUUUAUGAAAUGAAUGACUAAGAAAAAGCCUUCUAAACCUACAAUCUGCCAUCUGUUUUGGUUCUAAAUAAGGUUGAUUUGAUUACAAACAAAUAAAAGUUAAGAGAUCUUCAAAAUGAAUUAGAGGAUUUAGGAAAUUUUGAGAAGAUAUUCCAUGUAUCUGCUUAGACAGGAUUUGGUAUGGAUUAACUUAGAAAUUACCUAAUGUCCAAAGCUAAAGAUAAGCCUUGGUAAUAUCAUCCCGAGCAAAAAAGCAAACAAUCAGAAGUAGAUAAAGUCGAGGAGUCAAUGAAGUAAGCUAUUUUUGAGAAGUUUUUCAAAGAAAUUCCUUAUCAAAUUGGAAUCAAGUGCACUGGAUGGGUUCCAAAAUUAAAUGGUGAAUUGAGAGUUGAUAUCGCUUUAGAUGUCAAGAAUGACAUCUAAAAAGGAAUGCUUCUUGGUGAAAGAGGAAGAAUUAUCAAGGAUGUCAGAGAAAGAGCAACUCAAAUACUCAUUGAAAAGAUUCAAAGACCAGUGUCAAUGUUUGUUGAAAUCAAGGUGAGAAGAAACUCAAUUGAUGUUCAAAACAAGUUUGACAAAAUGGAAGGAGUAAUCUAGAAAAAGUAAAAGCCGUCUUUGACUUCAGAAAUUAAGCCAAUCCCACUGUAGUAACAACAGUAAUAAUGA